AUGGUUCGGGUGCGGGCUGUGGUGAUGACCCGAGACGAUUCGAGCGGCGGUUGGGUGCCCAUGGGUGGUGGCGGCCUGAGCCACGUGACGAUCUGCAAAGUCCGACGCCCGGACGAGGGCCGGCGGCGCCAGUACCUGAUCAGUGGCGAGCGCCUCCGGGACCAGACGACCAUCUUGGAGUGCGCCCUGAAAAGGGACCUCGUCUACAACAAGGUGAACCCCAUUUUCCACCACUGGAAGGUGGGGGACAGCAAGUUCGGCCUCACUUUCCAGAGCCCUGCAGAUGCCGUGGCCUUCGAGCGGGGGGUGCAAGCUGCUCUGGAGGAGAUCACUGAAGGAUCCCUCUCUCCUUCCUCCAGCUCCUCCUCCUCUUCCUCGCAGGAUGAAGUUAAUGGGAGGGAUGAAGCCCUUGCAGUGCACACAGACAGCGAGUCCUCCUCAAACAGCCAGAAGGAAAUGCUCCCCAAGCCCAUCACCAUCGUCACCAGCGAGUCCUCCUCCAGCUGCUACAUCCGCCUGCCUGCCUCUGAGGAGCUCCCUGUCGGCACAGUGCAGGCAGCAGGGUCAACUGGACUGGUCCAGCCCCAGCCGUUGCAGCAGCUGGCCCUCCCAGAGGAAGGGGACCUGGAGAGCAUCACUCCCUGCAGAGAGCUUUGGGUCACCAAGGGCUACGAGGACUAUCGCCGGGCCGUGGUCCAGAAGCACCAGCCCGAGCCCGAGAAGCCUGGCAUGUGCGUGCACUUUGAGAAGGGCGGUGGAGGCAGCAGGUCCCCGCGGGAGAAGGAGUACUGCUUCCCACCCGGGGCAGAGGGGCGGCUCAAGGACCCCCAGGCCUCGCCCUCCUGCCGCGUCCACAGCACCCCGUCGCCUCCCAAGCACAAGCCGCUGAAGGAGCAGCAGCAGCCCCCGCUUGGCGGGGCGGGCGUGGAGGAGGACGCGGUGCCCUCGCGCUGCGUCUACUGCCGGGACGUCUUUAACCACGAGGAGAACGGGCGCGGGCAGUGCCAGGACGCACCGGACCCCAUCGGCCGCUGCGUCUACCAGUUCACCUGCAUGUGGUGCGCAGAGAGCAUGCUCUACCACUGCAUGUCGGACUCCGAAGGAGAGUAUUCGGACCCUUGCUCCUGCGACACCGGCCACCCCCACUUCUGCAUCCGCUGGGUGGCCCUGGUCAUGCUUUCUCUCGUGGUCCCCUGCAUGUGCUGCUACCUGCCCCUCCACGCCUGCCACUGGUGCGGCGAGCACUGCGGCUGCUGUGGGGGCAAGCACAAGGCCGUGCGGUGA